CACAGCAGCCAACAGACAACACAGCAGACAACAGACAACACAGCAGAAAAGACAUCUCAGCAUCUCAAAUAAAACAGAAAUUAUCACAGUGAAAGCACAACAACAAAAUACUGGAAGAACACAGCUUCGACUGUGAACACCUGAAAGACGCAAUGAACAGGCCAAACUCCAGAGCAGGACUGGUGAGCACCUCGCCCUUCACAACCGUCUCAGAGCUUAUCGUGCUGCGCGAAGCCUUUUAUUCCCUGCAGGUGGAAAACUACAAGCUCAAAGAAGAUGUGCAACGAGUUCAACAUCAACUUAAAGAGGAAGAAAAAGGGAAAAUGGAGGCAAAGAUGGAAGUAGAGAACAUAAAGAAGGAACUGAGAGCAGUAAAGAAAGAAUUAGAAGAAGAAAGAAAAGGAAAAGAGCAUGUGGAGAAGGAUGCAGAAGAUCUCAAAAAGAAGCUACAGGAAGUGGAAGAAGCCCUAGAAGAGGAAGUCAAAGGAAGACUGGAGGCUGAAAAUGAAAAUGGGAAAAUAAAGGAGGACUUGUUAGAAUUAUUCAAAGCAGUUGAAGAGGAGGAAAGGGAGGUGCAAAAAACAAAACAUGACUGUGAAAAUGCAAAGAACGAAGAGUUAAAGGUGAAGAACACAUUAGAAAAAGAGAGAAGAGAAAGAGAGUGGGCAGAGCACAAAAAAGCCCUAGAAGAGGAAGUCAAAGGAAGACUGGAGGCUGAAAAUGAAAAUGGGAACAUAAAGGAUUACUUGUCCGAAUUAUUCAAAACAUUUGAAGAGGAGGAAAGGGAGCAGGCAGAGGACGAAACCACAACUGCGAAGCGGAAACUGCGGGAAGUGCAGCGUGUGCUCCAAGAAGAAAUUAAAGAAAAGCUGAUGGCCAAAAAAGACUCAGAAGAUCUAAAAAAGGAAUUAUUGGCCACAAAACAAAAACUAGAGGAGGAAAAAAUAGAAGUUUCUAUAAAUACAAACAUGCCCGAGACUGAAAUGACAGCAAAAGACUGUAAAACAGCUCUCAGACAGCUCAAACUAGAACACAAAGCAGCCAAGAAGAAUGUGAAAGUGAAAGCAAAAGAGGCCAAAAAGAAACUGAAAGGAAAAGUGAAAGAGGCCGAGCAGCAGCUGCUGAACACAAUGAAAGAGCUGAAGAAGCAGAAGAAAUCCACUAAGACAUGAAGUCCACUUCCUCCUUCUCCUCCUUCCCUCUGUCUC